AUGGCCAGCACGCAUUUUGCCCAUGGCGACAUCUGCUCGCCUGAGGCUCUGGUCGAGCACUGGUCGGGCGGUGCUAUGCAAUCCAACCCAGACAUUUCGGGAAUAGGUGCAAGUGCAAACUCCUACAAAUUUGAAUUAUCCAGGGUCACCAUUGGAUUCAUGGGUCCAGCCUUUCUGGUUUUUGCGCUGCUCUUGUUCACGUACUUAUUUGCCUACGACCCGUUGUCAGAUCCGUUUGUCACAGAUCAUGAGGUUAAGUCUCAGAAGCUUGGAAACACCACUAGCUGGAAGCCGAAUCCGAUCGAUGUCGAGUUUCUGCGGCUGUUCCGGCGUCUCUUUGGCGUCCGUGGGAGCUGGUCCAGUACCACUCGAAUACUGCACGAGGUAGUCAUGCCCAUUCGUGGUUCACUUGAACAGCUCAGUCUUCGUGUUCCAGCUGACCAUGCUACACUCGUCGCAGGGCUCUCCAUCUUGGUCAGCGGGUUCGCCUCCCUCGGCAACGAUACCGAGACACCACUGACCGCGUCUGACUGGUACAUGAUUGCCUACCUCACAUGGUUCGUCAACACGACGCACCUGGCUGGCCUGACAGUGCUGAGGACGGAACUCCACAAGAUGCCGACGCUUCGAUGUUUCCGGGUUGUCCUGAUGUUUGCAUUGCUGGUGCUUCUCGUGGUCGCCCUGGUACCGACGGCGUUCUUCAACUGGGACGCCUUUGGGGUCACGUCUCCAGUCAAAGACGUCGUCGUACCCACGGCCGCCGUCCCCCAGUCGCCUGCAAGGUGCUACUUCAGUAUGGGUAGGGCGCAAAGUCUGUGGAACGUAGGCUGUGCAGCGCAGUAUACCGGAUGGAGGUCUCCAGAUCCCCCCUUCUGCAAGGUGUUUCCCGAGAAGACGGAUAUCCAGCCAGUCCACAAGGCCUCGUCGUUUGAGGCCAUGGUGGUGGCUGUCAUGAUGUUGGUCGUCGGGUUUGCGACGCGGUGCGUCAAGCUUUUCCCGUCGUUCGCAGGCACACUUAGGCGACGCGUCCGUGAGCCACUUAGUAAAUCAACACGCAGGAUACUCCUGGGACUCACGAGUGAAAUUGAUGGCACAGAGGAGAAACCAAUACUGUCACCUGGCUUUCCCGCGCAACUCUGGACAGACCUCGUCGUGCUGCCCUGUGUAGGUUUCUUCCUUGGUGCACGCUGGACAGUCAACUUAUUCAAUUCCACCCUAUUCGAGGUCUUCUGGAUAGCCAUCACCAUCGUAUGGGGCUUCUUCAAAAUCUAUGCGAUCCGCGCCACGAAGAUGCAGACGCCAGAAUCCGCGUCAGAGGAAAACGCAUGGACGUUUGGCCAAGCAAUGUCGCUAUCACUCUUCGCACUCCAGGUCUUGCUCCUCAUCGCCAGGCUGCACUCGGCCAACCGCGAUUUCUCAUACCGCCGCCAUCGAACCGAGGAAGUCAAGCACAGUUCCUUGUUUGGCCAGACGGUGAUUCCAAACUCAGAGAGGCCGCAACUACUACUGCAGCAGCUAUCGCCUGUUCUACACUUGGACACGCCAGAGCACACAUCACGAACUAGUCACGCGAGCAAGGUAAUAGCAGUGGACCAGCAAAGACAGGAGAGACCUCCUUCCGCCAAGGGUAUGCAUCCACAGAAGCCAAGCAAAGUCCAACUGCUCCGGCACCUCAUCCAGGAGACACGGCCUGAUAAACAACCCACCUGGCUGGCAGUCUGCACCGGCACGAGCUGCAUCUUCUGGGUCGUCCUCGCGGGGUUGGCCAUGUUCAUGGCCAACAACACUCCCGCCAACGGCAAGCCAAGCACGGGCGCCUGGAUGUCCAUGUCCGGGUUCUGGCUCACGGACCAGGCCAUGAUCGCCGCAGUCCUCGUGUACCUGCCCAUAUCCUGGGCUCGCGAUGUGGUCCUGGGUUUGCACCUCGAGUUGGCAUGCUUGCGCUCGUCUAGGUCGGGCCGGAUACCUGCAGUGGCCCUCGCCGGGUACUGUCUGUGUAUUGGGGCGUUGCAUGUUGGGUUUUCCCUUGCGAGUGUGAACUCGGGCCGAUAUACACCGCUUGCCGUUACUUGGCUGUACUCGCUGGCGCCGUUCUGUUUUUACGUUGUUGCUUCUGUGUUCUGCAACUCGAUUGUCUACUAUUCCACUCCCUACUACUAGG